AUGGCUCCCGGCCCCUCACUCGACGCCGCAUUGCGGGUGGCACGCGAGUUCGAUCUCCCCUCCGAUCAGGUACAGCGCGGGGUCGAUGAAUUCCUGAGCCAGAUGGCUGAAGGCAUGGCGAAGAACGGCACCAAUCUCAGUCAAAUCCCUACAUACGUGACUAGUGUUCCCAAUGGCACUGAGAAGGGCCUGUAUCUGGCCGUCGACCUCGGAGGCACCAACUUCCGGGUCUGUUCUAUCAAUCUCCGCGGUGAUAGCACUUUCGACCUCACACAAUCCAAAGUCGCAAUCCCUCGAGACUUGAUGGUUGCGCCCUCAUACAAGGAAUUAUUCAAGUUUCUCGCCAAACAGGUUGAAUCCUUCCUCGAAACCCACCACAACGAACACUUUGAAGCUACCGUCCGGAGACGCCGUCUGACCGGAACCACCGACGAGUAUCGUCGGGAAGAAAUUUUUGAUCUUGGCUUUACGUUCAGUUUCCCCGUCCACCAGACUUCCAUCAACAGAGGUACCUUGAUCCGGUGGACGAAAGGAUUCGACAUUCCGGAUGCCGUCGGACAGGAUGUCUGUCUGAUGCUUCAAGAUGCCAUCAAUGAACUCCAUCUUCCCGUUCGCGUAGCAGCCCUGGUCAACGACACCGUCGGCACAUUGAUGGCUCGUUCGUAUACCUCGCCCGGUAAAACAGAGACUGUAAUUGGCGCCAUUUUUGGCACGGGAACCAACGGCGCCUACGUCGAAAAACUGAACAGGUUGACAAAGCUCAAUACCAAGGGAGAGCCAGCAGCUGACGCUACGCAGCAAAUGGUCAUUAAUACCGAAUGGGGUAGCUUCGAUAACAAUCUUAGCGUCCUUCCCAAUACUUUAUAUGAUCAGCAACUAGACGCAGCUUCAGUCAACCCAGGUAUUCAGAUGUUUGAGAAACGAGUAUCGGGCAUGUUUUUGGGCGAGAUUCUUCGUCUUGCUAUUUUGGGGCUGGCCAAGGAUGCCACUGCCAGGCUGCUACGGGGCGAUGGUACUUUGAUACCUACCGACUCGCCGUUAUACACCCCCUGGGGUAUUGAUACCAGCUUCUUGAGUGUCAUUGAAGCAGACACCACCUCCGAUCUUGCCGAGACAAAGGCUGCAUUGUUUGAGCACUUCAAAGUGAGCAAUGCCAGCACCGAUGAUGCGCAGGCAAUCCAAGCUAUCGGUCAUGCUAUCGCAAAACGUUCUGCCCGUCUCAGUGCUAUAGCUCUUGCGGCUAUUCUCAUAGACACCAAGCGGAUAGACACGGAUGAGACUGUGGACAUUGGCGUUGACGGCAGUCUGGUAGAAUUUUACCCCAAGUUCGUCGACUAUAUACGCGAAGCCAUGCGGGAAAUCAAGGGUAUCGGAGAGAAGGAGAAAAAAGUGCGAAUUGGCAUUGCCAAAGACGGUAGUGGUGUUGGUGCUGCUCUUAUUGCAUUGGUUGCUCAUAAGGGGUAUGCCAUUGAGUCACGAUGA